GCGAAGAAAGCGCAAUCCCCUGCUGUACUUUUUUCACAUGGGCCUUUUAAUUUCAAAUCUAGUAAAAUAUUUUCUGGGUAAAGAAGAUAUACGCAUCCUAAUGGUUGGUCUCGAUGGCGCUGGGAAAACUACUAUACUCUACAAACUGAAAGUUGGCGAAGUCGUAACGACAAUGCCCACCAUUGGCUUCAAUGUUGAAACUGUGGAAUACAAAAAUAUACGUUUUUCAGUCUGGGACAUUGGCGGCCAACAACGCAUACGUAAUCUUUGGCAUCAUUACUUUGCUAAUACCUCCGCGGUGAUCUUUGUAGUAGACGCCGCCGAUGUUGAACGUUUGAGUGAGGCGGCAGAUGAGCUACAUGCCAUGUUGGAUUGUCCUGAAUUGUGCGAUGCUGUGUUGCUAGUGCUUGCCAAUAAGCAAGACUUGCCACAAGCGCUUUGUAUUGGCAAAAUUGUGAAGCGCUUGAACUUACAUGACAUCAAACAAGAUUGGCAUGUACACGGUAAUUGUGCUACGCGCGGUAAUGGACUCUACGAUGGUUUUGAGUAUCUGUGCGAUAUGCUUAAUAAACGCAAAAAAUAUAACAACUAAGUUAUACAGCCAUACUUAUGCCAGACGAUCUGAUAAACUGCUAGACAAUGGCGAUGACUACAUAUUUUAUUUAUUUUUUUAAAUAUAAACAUAUGUAUAUGCAGUAAGAUAAUAUACCUAGGUACAUGCACUGCUUUCAACGGGCGUAUUAAUACAAAUAUGCCUGGUAUGGUGCCGGUUUUCAUAAUAAAGAAUUUGUAAAGUUAAAUUAAGUAGCGUGUAAAAUAUA